AGAGAAAGAGACAGACGCUUGUGAGAUACGCAUCUCAAUAGCUAAAAGAUAUGGCCUGCGCUCAAGCAUCACCCAGCGAGACCCUCUCACUCGAGAAGCAACUACGAUGCUCUAUCUGCCUAGAUUCAUUUGUGGAUCCUGUCACUACAGCUUGUGGCCACUCAUUUUGUAAGCAAUGUCUGGAGCGCAACUAUAUCCUCAAUGACAUAGUGUGCCCCCUAUGCAAGGAGCUACUGACGAAAACCCCCAAAGUGAACAUCGUCCUGAGAACCAUUGUCGAACACGUGAAAAAGACCCUGAAGGAAGAUGAUGAUACGUACACUGGGGCGCCCGGCGAUGUGGCCUGUGACAUCUGCACGGAGAAAAAGCGGAAGGCUAUGAAGUCCUGCCUUGUGUGUCUUGCCUCGUAUUGUUUGACCCACCUUGAGAAUCAUUCUUCAACUGAAAGGUUGAAGGGCCACAAGUUGGUGGAACCUGUGGAGAACCUGGACGAGAGGGCCUGUCUGAAGCAUGGACGCCCCUUGGAGCUGUACAGCAAGAAGACGGAAUGUUGCAUUUGUGUGAGCUGUCUGGAAGAAAAUCAGGAGGGGGUUGUUUCUACUGAAGACGAAUGGGACAAGAAGAAGGUCAAGCUUGAACACACAAAGGGAGACUUGCAAGAGAAAAUUAAGAAGAGAAAAACACGGGUGGAUGAGAUUAAUACAUCUCUAAAGAGCUGCAAGGACCAGCUGGACAAUGAUUGGUGGGAAAUUGAGUCUGUGUUCACAGCUGUGAUUGCCACUGUGGAGGAAGCCCAAGCGGCAGCUCUUAAGCCAAUAAAGGAGAGGAGGGAGGUUGUGGAAAAAGAGGCAAAAUACAUCAAAGAGCAGUUGGAAGCAGAGAUCAAAACACUUGAGAAAACCAUCUCUGAGCUGGACGAUAUAUCUGCGCUUGAGGAUCACAUCCUUUUCCUUCAGAAGUACCCAUCUCUUCAAGUCCUGGACAACCUCAAAGACUCGACAGAGGUAGAGCUCGACACAUCACUGUCUUUUGGCACCAUGAGAAAAACCACAACAACCAUGUUGGAACAAAUUCAACAGCAACUGGACAAACUGACAUCCACUGAACUUGAGAGAGUUGCAAAGUUUACAGUUGAUGUAAAGCUGGAUCCAACUACUGCGCACCGUCGCCUUGUUCUUUCUGAUGAUGGGAAGGAAGUGAAAGAUGAUGGGGAGGACCAGGAAGUAGAUGAUGCUCUGGAGAGGUUUGACUUGUUCGGGAGCAUUCUGGGGCUCAACAGGUUAACCUCUGGGAAGCAUUUCUGGGAGGUGGAGGUCACCAAUAAGUCGGGGUGGGACCUGGGUGUAGCAAGUGGCGACGCAAAACGCAAGGGGAAACUCUCGCUGGACCCAGAGAAUGGCUACUGGCUCACUGUACAUUAUGAGAAUGAAAUGUACGCAGCCCUGACAGCGCCGCCGCUUCGUCUUUCCCUGAAAGAGAAACCUGAGAAGGUCGGGGUGUUCGUAGACUACGAGGAAGGUCUCGUGUCCUUCUACGAUAUGGCUGCUCAAUCUCACAUCUACUCCUUCACUGAGUGUUCGUUCAGUGACGAGCUCCUCCCAUAUUUCAGUCCACAUGUAAAACAAGACGAGAAAAACUCUGCUCCUUUGAUUAUUUCUGCUGUGAAACAUUGUGAGCAGGACAUGGAUAUACAAUCAACAAUCAUGAGCCACCAGGUUUGCCACUGCGGCUCCGGAUUUUCGAGCUACCACGGUCUGAGAAUUCACCAGGGGAAGAUGGGAUGCACGCCGAAGGGAAUGCGUAUCCCGGAGAGUGAGCAAUUCAGAUUUAAAAGAUCCAUUCGUACAUCUGCUAACUUUGGAUCUUCAAUCUACAUAGAAGAGCCAAUGAAGAGCAUCUUCAGCCCUUCUCGUCAAAAGGACAGCGGACCAAAUAAGUCGAGCACUCCAGACAGGGAGCAGCCUUUGCUGAUGCAGAUGUUACAGAUGUUCGGCACCCCGAUGAUCCCACAAGUCACAGCGAAUGAGACAAACAAAUCAUUAUUUGAAACUCCACCACAAUACAGCACAGCACAUCAAGCCACCAGCAACACUCGUCGAGCGCUUGAUUUCGCCAGUGGUGCACAGCAGCCUUUGCUGAUGCGGAUGUUACAGAUGUUCGGCACCCCGAUGAUCCCACAAGUCACAGCGAAUGAGACAAACAAAUCAUGUGGAGCCACUGUCCUGGGGAUCGUCCAACAACCACAGAUCAGGAAACAAGCCAUUCGAGCAAUGGAAAGAGAGAUGGAGAGGGAGAGGGAAAGGGAGAAAGAGUGGGAGGCUCAAAAAAUGAGACAAGACAAGAUAAGGGAUGAUUUACAGCAGAAAAUUCAGACGAGAGAACAAAAGAUGGCUGAAGUCAGAUCAUCUGUAAAAGACUGCAAGGGCGACUUGGAUGCUGAGUUGCUGGAGAUCAACAACGUUUUCUCAGAGGUGAUGAGAGUCGUGGCGGACUCUCGGCAGAAAGCCCUUCAACCUCUGGAGGAGAGGAGGCAAAGAGUGAAAAGAGAAGGACAAGAUCUGGUCCAGAAGCUGAAAAGGGAAAUUGACAAACUCAAAAAGACCAUUGAUGAGUUGGACAAAAGACCUGACUUGCAGGUUUCUCCUCUACCAGGCCUGGAUGAAUUCCAAGAUUGGAAAAAUGUUACUGUUGACACUUUAUUCUCCUUCGGGUCACUAAGAAUUACAACAUCCAACAUGAUGGAACAAAUUCACCAGGAACUCGAAAAACUCUCUUCCGUUGAACUCAAGAGGAUUGCCACAUUUGCAGUGGAUGUAAAGCUGGAUCCAUCCACAGCACACCAAUGCCUUGUUCUUUCCCCCGAUGGGAAGACAGUGAGAGAUGGAGGAAAGAACCAGAAAAUUCCUGAUGCUCCACAGAGGUUUGACAUGUUCGGGAGCAUCCUGGGGCUCAAUAGUUUGACUUCUGGGAAGUCAUACUGGGAGGUGGAGGUCACCAACAAGACGGGGUGGGACCUGGGGGUGGCAAGACGCAAUGCAAAGCGCAAGGGGAAACUCUCUGUGAACUCAGAUAACGGUUACUGGGUCACCGUACAUUAUGAAGAUAAAAAGUACGCAGCCCUGACGGUACCACCCGUCAGCCUCCCCCUGAAAGAGAAACCCCAGAAGGUCGGGGUGUUCGUGGACUACGAGGAAGGUCUCGUGUCCUUCUACGAUGUGACGACUCAAUCUCACAUCUACUCCUUUACUGAGUGUUUGUUCAGUGACGGCAUUUUUCCAUAUUUCAGUCCACAUCUUAAACAAAAUGAGAAAAACUCUCAUCCUCUGAUUAUCACUGCUGUGAAAAAGCAGUCAUAGAUGUAUAAAGUGAAUGUGUAACUGGUGCACUGAGGGUUAGAAUGCACCACUGUGCCUACAUACAGCUUCAUGGAGAUUAUUUUCUUCUUUUGUGUGAAGAAGAAUUAGUUUUUUCUACUGUGCCCUGCAGAAAUCCCUACGAAUACUGCAGAAGUUUUAUAAUAUUUGGCACCACAUUGUAUAUAUGCCUGGUGUUGGGGUUAGCUGCCAUUUAAUACACUU